GUUCCCCAGCUGGACAGGAUGGUGUCAGAGGACAUCAAGCCCAUGCUGCUAACGGCUGCAGACCGCGUUGCGGAGCGCAUGAUCAAAACGUUCAAGCUGCAGGGCAGCGCCAGUGGACAGCCGCGCGUGGCAGCUCUGCACCAGGCCAUUGCGCCUUCCAGCGCCGCCUGGCUUUAUAAUGAGGCGCCUAUUAAGGGCUGGUUGAAGAUGGAGUUCGUGAAGCUCGUCAAGUUCGAUCGCAUCCGCGACAUCAUGAAGGACAUGCUCACGGAGGUGCAGCGCGCCAGCAAGGAACUCAUGGUCAACCUGCUCAUGGAGUAUGCGCCCCUGGACGCGGAUAUGACUGAGGCAACGUGCAGCGCGCUGCGCGCGUACUGCGACGCGCGGCUAGAGAAGUCGUUUAAGUUCUCGGAUGCCGUGCAAGGCGUGGUGUUCACCGAGUUCUUCAGGGGUCGCCGGGCCAUGCCCGUGGCCGAAUACAACAAGCUCCCGGGUGAGGUGCUGGAGAGCUCCCGCGGCUCUCACAUCAUGGACAACCUCACCAAGGGCCUGCGACGGGCGGUUCUGGCGGUAACAAGCAACAAGGAGAUUCCGACGAGCCAGCUGGGGCCCAAGCUGGCCUUGGCGCUGCGGGGCUGGUUCCAAGGUUACUUCAUGGACAAAUUCCUGAACAACCCGGAGCAAGGCCUGAAGACACGGCUGCACGACUGCAUGUGCCACAAGUUCAUCGAGGUGUGCCACCGCCUGUACGACAACGGGCUGGCCGCAAACGCCCGGAAGACGGGCUCGCUGCACAGGAAGUGGCAGACCCUGUUCCUCAAGUGCUACAGGCACUUCUACGCCGAUGUGCUUAAAGAGGACCUGACCGCGCAGAACGCAAAGGAGCUAGCGGCGAAAGAGACGGAGCUGCGGAUGCUCAAGAGCCGGCUCGCGCAACUGGCCGAGCCGCGGGAGAUGGCCAAGCUGCUGCCGCCGCGCGUGGGCCGGCUGCUGGGACGGGCGCUGGUGGUGGCAAAGGCGCGCAUGGUGCAGACCGGCGCCGACAGCCAGGAGGCGGGGGCACUACUGGCGGCCCUGCGGCCGGCGGGGGGGGCUGCGGCCGCUGCCGCUGCUGCCCAGCAGCAGCGCAAGGGCAAUGGAGGAAGCAGCGGGAGCUGGGGCAACGGCGCCGGCGGCGCAGGCGCCAGGGCUACCGUGGCGCAGAUGGCGGCGUUCACGGCGCACCUUGAGGCCAGCGGCCUUGAGCUGGUUGACUGCCCCAGUGCCGGCAACAACUGCGGCUACUACGCCGUGCUGUCGCAGGUUCACGGCAUCCCGCCCUCCGCGGCCCACCGCCAGGCUGCGGCGCUGGUGUCUGACAGCCGCGAGAUGAUCGCCGACGUGCUGGAGCACCACGCGGGUGUGGAGGCGGCGGCGCCGACCGGACGGCGGACCUGGACGGACGCCAUCUGCGCGCUGUCGGGGCGGCGGACAACAGGGGCGGCGGGCGGGCAUGCAGUCGAGGAGGUGGUGCGGCAGCACCUGGACGGCGUCCGCCGGGACGCGCCCAUGACGCACGUGGAGCUGGCGGUGCUGACGCAGCUUCUGGAGCACAGCAACGUGCUGCUCACUAUCUACAACCCCACCUACGACCCCCGCCGCGGCUACUGCUCGGUGCAGAGCGACGCCGCGCCGGCCAUCAACGCCACGCAUGUGCGUGUGGCAAACGUGCCGGCGGGUGGCGCGGGCGAGCUGAACCACUGGAACGUGGUGCAGCCACGCGUCGGCCCGGGUGGGCCGGCGGCGGGCGCUGCGGGCGGCGGCGGGGGCCUGACGACGCCGUCGCCGAACGCACGGCGGCAGGCUAGCCCAGCGGCUGGUGACGACCCCGGCGCGCCUGUUGCCAAGCGGCUGCGCAGCAGCAACAGCUGAGUCCGCUCCGCCGUUGGGACGGCAGGCAGGAAGGCAGGAUGGAGGCAGGAUGUGCAGGCUGGCAAGCAGGGAUAGCUUUGUAAAUCAUUCUUUGCGCGGGUUUUAUAAAGCAGCAAGCCGCGCCGGGAUGAAGGGGCGCGGCGUAUCGAACGCAACAUGUUGUUCGCGACAUUCGCAACAUGACUGGCAAAGUAUGUGCACACUACGGGGUUGUGAAUGGCAAUUAUUCUGUAGGCUACGGCGAUGUCGCAAGAGCGCGGCGCGACAUGUGUUUGUGGUGGUGUGCCCCUGGGGUGUGGUUGUGGCGGGAGUCUCUAAUCCCUGUGUCUUUGGUUCGCAACGGAGUACUUAGUUGUGGAUGAGCGGCACGAAUGGUGCUAUGAGGAAAGUGCGGCCGUUAGGCCCUUGGCCCGUUCCGAUUCGCCGGACGUAGGCGAAUUGCCGUAUUGAUGCUUUGAAGUGUUCGGCACAGCCCUCACGCACGGCACUCCUGGCGGCACAUACCGGUUGAGUUGUUUGCUUCCUACAGCAGUCGAGUAAGAUUACAAGGAACUGCGUGCUGGCGUCAAGCAGUCUUGCACAGUACGUAGCACGCGCACUACGUACUGUACGUGUACUACGUACCAAGACGCAUUUCGUUGGAGAAAACGUUGUGCAGGGGGGGAACAGCAGGGGAUGGGGGGCGUGGGGGGCGGGGCCGUCCCUGUGGGCACGCGGGUACCACUCCGGCAAGUCCCUAGGGACUGCGUGUGUCCAAUGCCCUAGACUGCCGAAAUGUUAUCAUGUGACAUAUAAUAAGGUCCCUGAAUGAUUUCCGGGCAUAAACUCGAGCGGGAGCCGAAGUCGAAAUGCUAAAUGUCGCGCUCGCCAGGACUUACUGGAAUUCGCCCUACGCUGUCCGGAUGACAUAUAUAGGUGAACCUUAGUGGACGGCACUAGAUACAGGCCCAAAAUACCGCCUAUGCGAGAUAUGGGCUCUGGUCAAUUUCGCGACUUGAGCCCUGACCAACAUGUUUUGUCCUCUGCCAAGCGCUAAUGUCCACUAAUGAUGUAAGUUAUGUACCUGCAAAAAGGCGGCGUCUAAAUACUGCGGUAGGAUUUGCCUCAAGCGACUCCCAGAGCCCUCCGAGCGUGCGGGUUUGGCUUGGAGCACGCACCCCCCCCGGACAAUUGUGCACAUAACUUUUUGAUGCCGACUCUUUUUACAGUGGCGAUUGCGUAACCUGCAUACACUGUGCGUACGCUAUCCGUCACGCUAUCACGCUUUUAGUUUUCACGAUGAAAUUAUUUGCGUGUCCCAUUGCACACCCCAUGCACGGCUGCAGCCGUACGGCCUUUCAGGUCGCCUCCUCGUAGCUCCGCACCAUAGUAGGUAUGCUGGCGGUCUUGUCAGAUGAUACCUGUUGGGUCUACCAGGCUGUCAAAGUUUGGACACAGCAAAAGACCAGAGUGGUACCCGCGUGCCUGUGGGAUGCCGUACCUUGCAUGCAUGGGUGUGUGAUGGGACAGUGGUAAGGCAAGUUGGCAAAGUCCCGUAGGGCGCAGCUGAUUCCCAUACCCAACAAAUGGCAGACAAUUGGCAGCGGCAGGGCAAGAGUGCGCGGCUGGUCGAACGCCGGAGUUACUGUACCGACGAGUUGCUGGCUGGCUGGAAGUUUGCUGACGCGCAUUCCUCACGCAUUCCGCACCACCUUGCAUGCAUGGGCUGCGACAAGCGAGCCUGAAACUGUAACGGCAACUGUAA